AUGGCCCAGAUCAACUGGGCGGUGCGGCAGCUGAUCAAGAUCGUCUACGGCGCGUCCCUGGCGCCCGGCACCUUCCCCGACGCGCUGGCCGAGUUCCGCGCCGCCGCUGACCUGGCGCCUGGCCGCCUCAUCCACAGGGUCCAGGUCGGCCGUACCCUCGCGCGGCUCGGGCGGCGGCGGGAGGCGCUGGACGAGCUGGAAGCCGGCCUGAAGCUGGAGGUGGAGGACGUCAAUGCGCAGCUGGAGAGGGGCGAGGCUGAGGCGCUCGCCGCGCGGCUGCGGCGCGAAUUUGACCGCGCGACGGGGCCGCUAGGCUGGGGCGCGCCGCCGCCGCAGCCGCCGGCGCUGCCGCCGCCGCAGCAGUGA